AUGGGGGACCAGUCCGCUCAGGACAGAGUCAACCAGAAAGGUACAGUGGUCAGAGAGGAGGUUGUUUGCUUCAAAUGCAACCAGAAAGAGCACUACGCGAAUGAAUGUGGUAAGGAGAUCGUUUGUUGGAAGUGUCAGAAACCAGGGCACGUUGAGAGGGAUUGCCCCAAUACCGUAAAGGGCGAGCCGGUGCUGAACACUGCUAGAGGAAGGCGACCUUCUGCUCCAGGUCGGGUGUUUGCAAUUUCUGGCGAACAAGCUGCAGUGACAGAUGAUCUUAACCAGGGUACGUGUGUUAUCGCUGGAACUUCAUUAAUGGUGUUAUUUGAUUCUGGUGCUACGCACUCAUUCAUUGCUGAGGAGUGUGUGAAGAAAUUAGGAUUGCUUACUGUUGACUUACCGUUCGAUUUGGUGGUGACGACCCCUGCCGCCGAUCGAUUAGUUACGCGCACAGCAUGCUUGCAGUGUCCGUUGAUCUACGAGGAUCAGAAGGUCUUUGCGAACCUCGUCUGCUUAGGGCUCAAGGAGCUCGAUGUGAUUCUGGGGAUGGAUUCGUUGACACAGUAUCACGUUCUCUUGGACUGUGCUAACAAGGCCGUUGUUUUUCCAGAUUCAGGCGUUACGGAUUACUUGAAUUCGUACACCUUGGGAAAGAGUUCACCAGCCUUCGUGAAUUCUGUUGUAGCGGAAGCGAAGAACGACGGCGAUGUACGCAACAUUAUGGUGGUACAAGACUUUGUGGAUGUAUUUCCAGAAGAUGUGCCCGGAUUACCGCCAGUAAGAGAAACAGAGUUCUCUAUUGAUAUCAUGCCCGACACGGGACCAAUAUCAAGGCGCCUUAUCGGAUGGCACCGGCAGAGUUGGCGGAAUUAG